AGGAACGCACUGAGCACAAGUGUUGGUAUUCAGCCUAGUGAGCCUACUACCUGGCCAAGGUCUUGUCCGCGGUCUCUAGCCUACAAAAAACAACGCAGAUGACCGGCGAGGUCUUAACUGUUACUUAUCGAUGAUGGCCUCGCAGAAAGGGAUGUUUGCUGGGGUUUUACUUUGUCUCGUCGUGUCCACAACUGUAGCUUUACAGGUGUCCAUCCCUGAGCGUAUCUAUGAGUUCGCCAGGGGAGACAACAUCACUAUACCAUGCAGCUUCAAACCCAAGAACCCAACCAACAGUCUGGUCAUCAUAUACUGGUUGGCAGAAGCAGACAAUCCAGAAGAGCCAGAGAUAUCCAUCCUAUCCUACUACUCUACUGGUGAUCUGGACAUCAGUGACAGGUAUGACGGAAGAGCUUCCCUGGAGCAGGACAUAGCUAAAGGAAUAGCCAACCUGAAGCUCUCCUCCAUCGGUCUCCAGGACAACCGACAAUACGAGUGUCGGGUCUCCAUCCCCAAGGAUGACAAGGGUCAGCUGGCUGACACCGCCCGCCUGGUGGUCCUGGUGGCUCCCUCUGUGCCUAUCUGUAAGAUCAAUGGGAGGGCAGAGUACUUCCAGGACAUCACUCUCACCUGUCUGUCUGAAGAGGGCUCUCCUCCUCCUACCUACAAGUGGCAGGGCUACGACGUCAAAAACAUGCCCCGAGCACCUGCACUCAGGACAACGGAGAAGGAUGGUGUUCUGUCUCUCUUCAACCUCACCAUGGAAUCCUCAGGAUACUACGUCUGUACCUCUUCUAAUAAGAUCCGCAGUACCAAAUGCAACCUGACGCUGUCUGUCAUGCCACCGUCUAUGAACAUGGGUUCAACAGCAGGUAUCAUUGGAGGCGUUGUGGUUGGUGCUCUGGUGCUGCUCAUCAUCCUCAUCUACUGCUGCUGCUGCAGGAAGAAGGAGGAGAAAGCAGAGGAGUACGCUAUGGGGGUUCCAGAGGGGGAGGAGUUCCACGACAUCAAACCCGUGGUGAACGGCGAGGUUCGCCAGACGCGCAGCACGGAAGACGACGAUGACGACGACCACCCACCGAAGAUCGUGGACCGGCGCGACCAGUACAAGGAACGCAGCGAGAAGGACUACGAUGACCGCCGCAGCGACUACGAUGACCGCCGCAGCGACUACGAUGACCGCCGCGAACGCUACGGUGACCGCAGGAACCAGGACGACCGCUCCUCUGACCGCCGUGACCGGUACGACCAUGACCGUGGUUACGAUGAACGCAGCGACGGCGGACGGUACAGUGACCGUUAUGAUGAGCCCUAUGAUGACCGUGACAGACCGCCCAGUGUACCGGCCAAUAAACCUGCUAAGCCUUCUACAAAUAGAAUAUAAUAAAAUCACUUUAGUUUUUCCGCAAGGGAACUUCUUUUUAGAGUGGUUCAAAAUAUAAAUAAAUAGCGUAAACAUAGUAGCUAGGUUAGGCUACACAAAGUGGCUAGCGACUAGGCUGAACUUAGUUACAUAAAUAACAGGACAACGAUAAACACAACAUAACAUUUUUUAAAGCCUAUAUAUCAGGGAUCAUCAACUAGAUAAUUUUUUUCUUUAGUGGAAGGUCAGAGGGCCGGAACAUAAUUACAAAUCAUUUGUAGACUGCAGAUUGACUGCAAGAAGCCAAAACAUAUAUCAUAUUUGACGACAAAUAUAAUAAUUUAUAACCUUGCUUACAUUUGUAUACGAUCACAUAUACUGUAUAUCUCUUUCUUAUAUGUGGGAAUACUUGAACAGAUUUCCAAAAAAUUAAAUCACUUGGGGCUGAUUUCCUGGGGUUUGUACAGUCUUAUGUCCAACAAUAAAAAUGAUAAAAAUACAAAUAUAUAUUAUGUAUUUUUUGCUCAGAAAACUUGGGAGGCCAGAUAAAAGGGUCCGCUAGUUGGGGAACCCUGCUAUAGACUAUGAUGACUAAAGAUGGAGCGGCAUUGUAUCACUGUUAUCUAUGUAAAGUCCUUUGAUUGAAGGCACGUGGCCUCAAAUUGGUGUCAGUUCAGUAGUUAGAAAGCGAAUUGAAAUGCUGAUUCAAAAUUUGAAAAGUGCCAUUUAGUAUUUUCAAUGAGGAUUUUUUUUAAAUCGGAAUUUCAAUUUGCUUGCCGUUACAAGCUGCCAUUGCCUGAAAAACGCUGUGUAUCAAUUCUCAGUGUAGCUUAUUGGAUAAUUGAUUUUGCCACCUGCCUUAUUGUCUACUGUUGGUUGGAUUUUUAUGUAAAUCUCAGGUCUUGUCCGUUUGAGAACCACGUGCCAUUUGGUGACGGUUUAUUUGUUUUUAUCAACUGUAGAUUGCUAAUACCUCCUCUAAUGUGAAAAGUUGGGGUUACAUUGAAUUAAUAAAGUUGUUAACCUUUUAAUAGUUGUUUUUAUUACUUAGAAGUACUGUGUUCUGUUUUGUACAUCUAUUUUGCUUCAUGAUGCUUGUUAAUACACAGUUCUUCAGCUGUGAGUAGUGUAGUGUCAGGUGUCUCAGGUGAGUCGUCAUUAACGUAUUCAAACCAUGACUUGUUUUUGGAGCGAGAGAGAGAUCAAGCAUUAUGAAAGAGAACCUAGAGCCCCAUUUAAGAAGAGAGAGAGAAACUAGAUUCACUGUGUGGCAUGUGCCUGUCGUUUCACUUCCUCAUUAUAGCCUGAGGCCAGACAACAUACUCACUAAACUGGUGCAUAGGAAGUGGCUUUAAUCUUUGCAAAAAAUGUCUAACAUUUAUUUUGUUUUUAUGCAUUUGUAAUGUACAGGGACACAAUUUAGCUAAUUAAAACAUAAAAUGUUUGAGGUUUUGGUUAGAUGUGAUGGUAAAAUUAUAAACCUGUAAUUAAAAAUGUAUCAUGUUUCUAA